GGCUACACAAUGGCAGUCUUCUCUCAGUAAGAUGAAUCCUGCUUCGCCUCCUGCAGAUCCACCCAUCUUCAUAGCGAUCAAGUAAAAGGCUAUGGUUUUCUCUUUGGGGAUCUUUUGUGCAUUACUGCUCUCCCUGAUUAGUUUUGGUCUCAGUUGGGAUUUCUUUGCUUUUUUGUUUGGCUUCAUGCUGAAAAAGGAUUUUUCCCCCAACCUUUUGGUAAUAAUCCGAUGGUGACCAAGAGGGGAUAAAUCAUUCACCCUGGCCGAAAAAAAACAAUCGCUGAGAAGUCUCAAAGAAAUAUACCACGUGAGGGGAAAGAACUGGGAGAAGAUCCGGAAUAUUAUCGUUUUUCCUAUGGUAAAACCGGUGCCCCUCUUCAGGAGAACUGAUUUCAAAUUAUUAUUAUGCAACCACAAGGAUCUCUUCUUUCUCAGGGUGUCUAAGCUGCUGGAUUGCUUUUCGCCCAAAUCAAUGUGGUUUCUUUGGAACAUUUUCAGCAAAGGAACGCAUAUGCUGCAGUGUCUUUGUGGCAAGAGUCUUAAGAAAAACAAGAACCCAACUGGGUUCAGGUUUCUACUUCCACUCUUCCAUCCCUGAAUGCUGAUGAAAAAUGGCUGUACCUACGACAGAUCCCCAGCUCAAGGGUAUAGUGACCAGGUUAUAUUGCAGACAAGGCUACUACUUGCAAAUGCACCCCGAUGGAGCUCUCGAUGGGACCAAGGAUGACAGCACCAAUUCUACACUGUUCAACCUCAUCCCUGUGGGACUGCGCGUUGUUGCCAUCCAGGGAGUGAAGACAGGGUUGUAUAUAGCCAUGAAUGGAGAAGGUUACCUCUACCCAUCAGAACUUUUUACCCCUGAAUGCAAAUUUAAAGAAUCUGUUUUUGAAAAUUAUUAUGUAAUCUACUCAUCCAUGCUGUACAGACAACAAGAAUCUGGUAGAGCCUGGUUUUUGGGAUUAAAUAAAGAAGGGCAAGUUAUGAAAGGGAACAGAGUAAAGAAAACCAAACCAGCAGCUCAUUUUCUACCCAAGCCAUUGGAAGUUGCCAUGUACCGAGAACCAUCCUUGCAUGAUGUUGGAGAAACGGUCCCGAAGGCUGGGGUGACGCCGAGUAAAAGCACAAGCGCGUCUGCAAUCAUGAACGGAGGGAAACCAGUCAACAAGAGUAAGACGACAUAGCCAGAUCCCCACAGGUGUUGUGACUUAUCCGUCCUGAGCACAGUUGAGUGAUUUAUCCUUACCAGACACUCCUGCUCCGUGGCUAACGAGCUGCUGCCAGUAAGCCCAGGCUUGCUCUGUGCUGUCUCGGAACUUCUCUGUUGCAAGUGGAUAAAUCUCAAUCUGUUGCACCCCCCCAAGAAGACACCUGGAUAACCAGCUAACUCAGACCAUGGAAUGCCCUACCAGAUAUGGAAUGCCUUUUUAAUAUCUUUUCUGUGACUGUGACACUUCAUGUGAAUGACAUACUGACAUACUUCACAAGUACACUCCAUACCUUGCCUGCUGACAGCUACCCAUAAUCCUUUUUGAGUCCUGUUUCAGCGAGAUCCAUGUGUUUCAGUUCAGUUUUGUAGCACACAGAUAAUACUGAGUAAUUUCUAGUUAGACGCUGUAAACCUGUGCUAUUAUGGAUUUCUCUUCUUCCCACUUUUACAGGGCUGCUCGCUCCAUUGUCUGUGACCUUUUGCAGGGAUUGUGUCCUCCAAACCUUCAAUGUUGCAGUUGGCUUAGUUGGGAGAGCAAUCAGGGAAUCGGGAAGUCUCCUAAAUCUAUUAUUAUAAAUCGCAUCUUUAUAGAUUAAGAUCGUUGUCUCUGGCUCACACUAUUGAUUAAACACACAUAUAUGCUCUGUCUAGUAGCAAAUACUGUGCUCCCGAGGUCGGCGUUGUCUGGGUGGGAAAGGGUCAAACACAGUCCCCGGGAAGCUCUCUCUGAUACGUGUUUGACACCCCCUCUGGUUUCUUUGUGCGUGUGUGUUUUAUACAUAUCACAAGCUUACUGGUAAUGGUAACAUUUGCCUUGCCCAGCGAGCAAGACCCACUGGUUUUUGAGAAAGUGGGUCCAAUGAAUUCUGUAGGCCUUGUAGGCCUGAUUAAGGUUCAUUUUUCAUCUAUUAAUUCUCAUUAUUUGGAAAAAAAAAAGAGAGAGAGAGAAAUCAAUACUUACAACCUACAAGAAUUGCACUACCUAAGUCCAUUUCCGGUAUACUCCUUCCUGUUUUUAACGAACCAAACUCAAUGCCACCCCCGUUUCGGGCUGCGUUCCACUCAUACUCAGCAGAGCAUGGGCAAGGCGGCUGUUGUGUUCUUUUCUGCAGCAGCAAUGCAAACGUUAGUUAUAAAUUAGACUUUAAUAUUUUUGGUGUUUAAUGACAAGUUUUUAAACUGGACAUAUUAGGAAAAAAUAUUUUUUUUAGCUCAGCAUGCUGAGUCUGGUACUGUGUAUUUCACCAGUACAUGCCUCUAACUCAGCGUUUGGGGCCCCCCAGUGCCCAAUGGCUGGAUUAGAGGUGCCUUGUCAUGAUCUCAGAAUACAGUCUGUUGAACUAUCCUAGAUACAAACAAAGGCAAACCGACACAUUCACACAUCAGGAUUUCGGGCCAUCCAGUUCCUUUGCUUUUGUUUUCUUCUGCCUUCUUGAUUUCCGUUUCAACUUAAUACUGCUUACACUCUGAGCUUAGGGAAGACAACUACUGAGAAAGGCCAGGAAUAGCUGGCUUCACAGCCAAGAUUCCAUGCAAAGGGUUCAUGAUUGGAUAUAAAGAGUUUCAAAAUGUUUAAGACCAAAUUGUUUGGAAAUAUAUUUGAUAACUCUGUGUACACCUAAUAAAAUUCAAUGUUUUCUUCUCGGAAGAGUUAAUUGAUACCAAACUGAACCUCAUUUACACAACUUUGUGUGGGAUCAAUGUACUGGCUCUUGUUAUUAUUUCUAUGUGGAAGGAUGACCCAGUUGCCAUUUUCCCCCAUCUGCACUGUAUUUAUUGGGAAAUUAUUUUGUCACUGCUUUCAUAAAUCUCCAUGACAGCCCUUGCCCAGCAUUAAAAAUUUUGGCCUGCUUAGCUGAUUAAAGGUUUAGUAUAAAUUUACCUGCUUAUGCGUAUUUCAUUUUCACAUUGGAUUCUACUUGAAUAAAUAAAAAGUUAGCAUAA